AUGUUACUGAAUAUUGGAAAAUCAUGGUUUCUCUGUAAUAUAGGUCCGGUCGAGUUGGCGAUCCUUCUUGACCAAUCCGGAGAGUUAAAGAAUUUGAACAAUUUCAACAUGAUGAAAAGUUUCAUCAAAAAGCUCACACGAGAAUUUGAGCUGGGCAACAAGAAGACAAAAAUUGGUAUAAUAUCGUUUACAGACACCAACCUACAACUAUUCGACCUUCAUUCAUAUCAUGAAGGCAAAAAUAUAGACGCUCAGAUUGAUAGGUUAAAUUACGAAGGCAUUAAGGCAAAUUCUGGUGCUUUAAAUAAGGCUUUGGAUGCUGCACAAGCAAAUUUGUUUACCGGAGUACGGGAACUUAGCGUACCGAGGCUCUUGCUUGUGUUCGAUACCGCUGCGAAGAAAAAUGGCGAGACCGAAGCUAAAGGUAUGUACGAAAUAUAUUUGUGUGGGUUUUUACAUAUGGAAUUUUUUGAACGUAAAUCUAUUUAUAUUUUAGCAGAGGCAGAUCUAACCUUAUCUGCAUAG